AUGUCGGUGUCAUCGCCAAUGUUCAAGAUCACCCAAACGACAGUUUCGUCAAUCAAGUCCAUUCCAUCAUGCUCUGAGACCGCCAGCACAACUUUCUUCGCCCACGGAUGCAACUGCCUCGGCAACUGGGGCGCAGGAAUUGCCCUGGAGCUAAAGGAACUCUUCCCUAAUGCCUUUGAGGCUGACAGACAGAGCUGUCGGGAAGUUCCAAGCAGAGCUAGUCUUCCUGGAACGUGUCUGCUCAUAUCCUAUGAGACUCCAUCGCCCCUCGCUUCCACCAACCCAGCCGCACCACAGGUCUCCAUCGCGUGUCUGCGCACCAGCCUUGGGUUCGGCAGACCAAAUCAGAAACUAGGUAAUCCCGGGCUGGACAACAAGGAACGGGUGGUCAUGCAGACACGAUUGGCCUUGCGAGACUUCCGAGCGCAGUUGGAGCAGAUGGGCGAGGAGCGGCAGAAGGAAAUUGUGAUCUGGUCCCCCAAGUUCAAUUCAGGUGCAUUCAAAGUGCCGUGGGAGGAGACCGAGAGCCUUGUCGAGGAGGUGUUUGCCGGUUGGGCUGGGAAGUGGUGUGUAAUGCAGCCGCCGCCUGUCGCAGAGCUCAAGCAGUGGUACGGACGGCGAGGUGCCAAGAAGUAG